AUGACAAUACUACGCGGUUUCGUACGUGGGUACAGGCGCCUUGUGGCGACAUUCGUGGCGCCUGACAUGUGCCCAAUCUGUUUGAAUGUUGUCCCAAUUUUGGCCUUACGUGAUGUGGAGAAUGAAGCUGACGAGGCGCAUGCGAAAUUGCGUUGUCGUCAUCGCUUCUGCGCCGAUUGCAUUCGAAAAUACAUUAAAAUGAAGAUUAAGACUCGACAAGUUGAUGAAGAUGAACUAGUGUGUCCGGUAUUAGAUUGUAAGUUAAGUGUUAAAGAGGAGGAUAUAAAACGCAUUGUUGGUAGCGAGGAAACGUCAAUAUAUCGAUCGGUGUUGAAGCGCAAACGUGAUGAAAAAAAUCCUAGCGCGCGAUGGUGUCCACGACCCGGCUGCGACGAGCUUAUUAUUUGUGAAAGCGCGAAUGAUUUUACGUGUCCGAAGUGCCAAACGGUUGGCUGCUUUCGUUGUCGAAACUAUGCGCAUCGAUUUUGGUUUUGCCGUGGUAUAGAGGACGACAAGUCGUAUUUGGCAUGGGAAGAUUCAGUGGGUAAGCACAAGGCUUUACGAUCGUGUCCACACUGCCAUAUGCGAAUUUGGAAGAACGAGGGCUGCAACCACAUGACGUGCACCCAGUGCCGCUAUGAAUUCUGCUGGGUCUGUGAAAGUAAGUGGGAUGCGAGUCAUUAUGCUUGCUAUGAUUUGCCGUUUGUCGGAGCUUCAUCUCCGUGGGGUCGUCAAAUGCAGCGUACAUUGGGCUACGCAGCCAUUGUACUUAUUGUGACUGUGAUAUCUGUAUAUGGAUUCUAUGCAUUCGUGGGCGGCUACAUCGUUUUUUGCGCCAUUGUGCACUGUGCUCACCGUACACACGCACAGAUUGUUACUACUCAGUCUCUUUGA